AUGCCACGCUUUAAAGCUGGCGGUGACCCCAGAACGUUCCUGGAUAAUGUGAAAUCUAAAGUCAGCACUUAUGUUGGUGAUGAUGUCUUUGCGCAGACAUGUGCACGCUAUCUCUUGUACUUGACUUCGAGUGACUAUCACAGACAGGCUCUCGAAGAAGAAUUCAAGAAGAGAGCCAAAGAGACACUGACUUGGGAUAGCUGUGAGGCUAUCUUUCUCCAAAUCGCGCUGACAGAACAAGAGCGCAUUAAUCAAAUGAUGGACCUGGUGAAAUCAGGCAGAAAAAAGGAUGAGUCUUAUCGUCAAUUCGCUAUGCGCAUCUCUCGCGAUAUCAGGGUUUAUGGGAUUAAGAAUGACAAUGAAGUUGUUCUUUCUCUCUUGUGCGGUUCGGUUACGCCCGGCACGCUCAACCUGAUGAUCAUGCGAUUGGCCAUGGAUAAUAAAGAUGCGACGAGAUUUACAUCAAUCAAUGCUUUUAUAAAAAUACUCAGCAUCCUCGUGGGUCCCAAUCAACCCCAUGACAGAAUCAAGACUGACUCUUCUGAUGCAGGUCCGUUCCGAAACAAUAGAAAUGGCUCGGCGAGACGGUUCACGCCAAAGGGUCACAGACCCACGCAAAAAGGAACGCCGCAAUCCUCGGCGUCUCCCAUUGCCACGUCUCGUCACCAAUCUUCCCAGUCCAUGCCUCUGUACCAGUGCCACAAAUGCGGUCCCAAUUAUUCGCAUAACACGGAUGGGCACCUCGAGUGCGAGAACUGCCAUCGUCGUGGUGUGGUGUAG